UACUAUACUCGCAAUAUUCACCCAAUUCAGCAAUCUUUUCAUAUUCUUAUAUUUCCGUUUGUUUAACUACUUUUUCAAUCGUCUCCAUUAGGCAAUUCCAGAGGCACAUCGAAUGGGUCACGGGAGCUCGAAAUCGGAUUCCUCCUCCGGUGAUUCCGCCGACGGCGGCUCGAAACCGUCGCGGAUGAGAAGACUCGGUCGACGGCUUCACCUGCACAGUGACCAUUUCCGUCGCCGUAGUCGUGCUCACACCACUGGUUCACAUUCUCACACCUCUAAAAUCCUAAAGGAGGAAGAUUUUGCUGGCAUCGCUCUCAUCCGGAUCAUCAGUGCAGAGAUGAAAUUCAAGGACAAAUGGCUAGUCUGUAUUUCUCUUGGUGAACAAACUUUUCGCACCCAUGUGUCUGAUCAAACUGACAAGCCGACCUGGAACUCAGAAAAAAAGCUUCUUUUGGAAAGACAUGGAGCCCAUAUUGCAAGAAUAUCUGUUUUUGAGACCAACAGGCUUUCCAAGAACAAUCUGAUUGGUUACUGUGAGAUAGAUCUACUUGAAUUUCUUUCUCAGGAUUCCAGUUCUGAUACUGAGGUUUUUGACUUGUUAGACCCAUCAUCCUUAUCAACUGUUGGCCGUAUAUCUAUUUCAUGUUGCAUCGAGGACCCUGUUGACACAGAGAAAAGCUUUGUUCGGCGCAUCUUAUCUAUAGUGGACUAUAAUGAAGAUGGAGAGCUGUCAUUGGCUGAGUUCUCUGAUUUGAUUGCUGCGUUUGGAAAUAAGCUGGCAGCUGAGAAGAAAGAGGAGCUAUUCAAACAAGCUGACAGAAAUGGGGAUGGUGUUGUCUGCUUGGAUGAGCUAGCCACCCUUCUGGCUAUACAGCAUGAAAAGGAACCACUAAUCAAUUGCUGUCCAGUAUGUGGCCAAGUUCUUGAAGUUUCAGAUGGGUUGAACAGCAUGAUUCAUAUGACCUUGUGUUUUGAUGAGGGGACUGGGAAUCAGGUUAUGACAGGAGGUUUCCUGACUGAGAAGGAGGCUUCAAGUGGAUGGAUGUUCAAACUGAGUGAAUGGGCCCAUUUCUCAACUUAUGAUAUCGGUUUAAGGUCUGGUUCAAGUGCAUCACAUAUCUUGGUUUAUGAUCGCAGAAAGAAAAGGCUAGUGGAGGAAAUAAUUGAUCGGAAGAUUGUCUUGUCAAUGAGGGCUAUCUAUCAGUCUAAAUUUGGCCUUGGCCUUAUGGAUAAUGGCGCAAAAGAAAUCUUGCGGAGCCUCUCUGAAAAACAGGGCAAGAAAAUGGAUUCUGCUGAAUCUGCUAAAGAAAUACCUAACUUCAUUGAAUUUUUUAAGGGUCAAAUAAAUAUGGAUGAAGUCAAGUAUCCACUGGAGCAAUUUAAGACAUUCAACGAAUUUUUCAUAAGAGAGUUGAAGCCUGGUGCAAGACCUAUUGCUUUUAUAGAACGUGAUGAUAUUGCUGUAUGUGCUGCUGAUUGCCGUCUGAUGGUAUUCAACAGUGUUGCUGAUAGUAUAAGAUUUUGGAUCAAGGGUCGAAAGUUUUCCAUCCAAGGUCUUCUGGGGAAUGAAGCAUGUUCCAGCGCAUUUAUCAAUGGAGCUCUAGUGAUAUUUCGCUUGGCACCACAGGUAGAAUUGUUGUGAACCUUCUUCCUUGUU